AUGUCUCGCCGUGCGCGUCGCAGCUACGCUUCUGAUGACCCCCCUCGGACUCCCAGAGCGCCGGUCAUUCUUCCCAACGGCCUCAAUCUCAGCGCCUUUGCAUUCAACCCAGAGGCAGCGGCCGCCGCCGCGCUUCAGCGCCAGCGUACAGUCAUGAACGCGGCCAUGGACACCGACGAGGAAGAAUCUCAGAGUGCCUCUGGUGACACUGUCGACUCGGACGAGCAUCACGUGCAGGCCCUUGGCGACAGCCAUCCUAGCAGUGGCGGUACGGCCGACAAGGGUGUGUACUCGGGUGAGGAAGUGGCACCCGACAGUUCUCUUGGCUCGCACCGCCCAACUCAAGGUCUUACAAGCGAGUCGAUGAACCAAGGAUCGUCAUCUGCGGCCCGCGAGGACAACCCCGAAGCUACCGAUCCCGCCGACGACCUGGACGACCCCGAUCUCACUCCCGAGGCCAUCCUGGCUGGCGAAGGCGACGAGACGCGGGAGUUGACCGCAUCCCUUCUUGCGGCCAUCGGUCUGAUUGAGGCGUACAAGGAUGCCGAUCAGCAAGUUCCUGAAUGGCUCAUCCAGCAUGCCGAAAGCAUGGCGCGCAAGCGCGCCGAGUUCUACGUUGCGGAUGGCGUUGUCGAAGAGGAGGAAUGA